AUGCCAUUUUCAGGUUUCCCGUACGCGACAUGCUUUGUUUGCAAACAAAUCGGACACAUUUCGCGUGAUUGUCAUCAGAAUCGCAACGGAGUCUAUCCGGAUGGUCAGUUUUGCAGUUUUGACACAGAAUUAGAGAAAACGGUAAUUUCAGGCGGUGCGUGUAAUGUGUGUGGAGCAGUCGGCCAUCUGAAACGUGAUUGUCCGGAGUUGGCGGCUCAAAAAGCCGGCGGAGCACACAAUGAGAGGAAACGUGAGUUUUUGACUUUUUAGGCCCGCAAAGACCCUCGUUUCUUGCAGAUUUCACGGCGCGCGUCACUUCAAACUGGCAGACCCAAUCGGCCGAUGCGGACUACGAUCCGACCGAAAAGGCGCGGACAGAUGACGUGGCAAAGAAGGCGCCCGCCAAAAAAACCGCCAAACACAUCAAAUUUUGA